CUCUCUGCUCUUCUCUCCCGGCAGGAGGAGGAGGAGGCCGGCCCUCGGGCCCGCCGGGGAGACCCCAGACGCCGCUGCUGCUGCCGCCACCGCCAUGAAGCUGCUCUGCGCCUCCGCUAGCCCGGCCAGCCCGCCCGCCCCGCAGACCGCAGCCGGAGCCGCCUCGUGGAGGAAGAGCAGCCGCAGGAGCAGCAGGAGCAACCGCCGGCCCCCCACCCCCACCCCGUGGGUACCCUGAGCCUCCAGUGCGACCGCUGAGCCAUGGCCAAUGAGAACCACGGCAGCUCCAGGGAGGACGCCGCUCUGAUGAGCCACUCCCCCGGCACGUCCCACCAGAACCAGCCAAGCUCCCCCAAGCCCGUGCGGGUGGUGCAGGAUUUGCCAGACGAGCUGGUGCAGGCCGGCUGGGAGAAGUGCUGGAGCAAGCGGGAGAGCCGCCCGUACUAUUUCAACCGCUUCACCAACCAGUCGCUCUGGGAGAUGCCGCUCCUGGGGCAGCACGACGUCAUUUCUGACCCCCUAGGCCUGAAUGCAGCCCUGGUACCUGCGGAAGUGGGGGUUGGAGAUGCCACCGCUGCUGCUGCCGCCGAAGGCAAGUCACGGAAGCGGAAGCUGUCUGAGGAGGUCCAGCCCAGUGGAAACAGCGUGAAGAAGCCCAAGGUGGACGUACCUCCCACUCAGCCCACCCCCAUCGCCUCCAAUACUCCCGGGACCCCUCUUUUGAAGCUGUGGGGGGUCUCUCCUGAAGACAAGCAGCAGGCAGCUCUUUUACGACCAACCGAGGUGUACUGGGACCUGGACAUCCAGACAAAUGCUGUCAUUAAGCAGAGGCCCCCCUCCGAGGUGCUGCCUCCCCACCCGGAAGUGGAGCUCCUCCGAUCCCAGCUGAUGCUGAAGCUGCGCCAGCACUACCAGGAGCUUUGCCAGCAGCGGGAAGGGAUCGAUCCCCCCCGAGAGUCCUUCAACCGCUGGAUGCUGGAGCGGAAGGUGGUGGAUAAAGGGACAGACCCCUUGUUGCCCAGCGACUGUGACCCGGUGGUCUCUCCUUCCAUGUUCAGAGAAAUCAUGAAUGACAUUCCGAUUAGGUUGUCCCGAAUUAAAUUCCGGGAAGAAGCCAAGAAGCUGCUCUUCAAAUACGCGGACGCUGCAAAGAGACUUAUUGAAUCCAGGAGUGCCUCUCCGGACAGCAGGAAGGUGGUCAAGUGGAACGUGGAGGACACCUUCAGCUGGCUGCGGCGGGACCACUUGGCCUCCAAGGAAGACUACAUGGACCGUCUGGAGCACCUGCGCAAGCAGUGUGGCCCCCACGUCUCUGCUGCCGCCAAGGACUCCGUGGAGGGCAUCUGCAGCAAGAUCUACCACAUCUCGCUGGAGUACGCCAAGCGCAUCCGAGAGAAGCACCUGGCCAUCCUCAAGGAACACGCCAUAUCGGCAGAGGUAGAGGCUCCUCCGGAGGCGGAGGACCGGCUUGUCUACUGCUUCCCGGUGAGGCUGGCCAUCCCUUCCCCGCCGCUGCCGAACGUGGAGAUGCACGUGGAGAACAACGUGGUCUGUGUGCGCUACAAAGGCGAGAUGGUGAAAGUGAGCCGCAACUACUUCAGCAAGCUGUGGCUCCUCUAUCGGUACAGCUGCAUCGACGACCCGGGGUUCGAGCGCUUCUUGCUGAGGGUUUGGUGCCUUCUCUGCAGAUACCAGAUGAUGUGUGGUGUCGGGCUCUACGAAGGGACCGGGCUGCAGGGGGCGCUCCCCGUGCAUGUCUUCGAAGCCCUCCACAAGCUCUUUGGCGUCAGCUUCGAGUGUUUUGCCUCCCCGCUAAACUGCUACUUCAAGCAGUACUGCUCCGCCUUCCAGGACACGGAUGGGUAUUUUGGAUCCCGAGGGGAGCAGAGCAGGUUCAAGCGGCACCAGCUCAUCCUGCCCGCCUUCGACCACGAGUACCGCAGCGGUUCCCAGCACGUCUGCAAGAAGGAGGAGAUGUACUACAAGGCCGUCCACAACACGGCCGUCAUCUUCCUGCAAAACAACGCGGGCUUUGCCAAAUGGGAGCCCACGGCGGAGCGGCUGCAGGAGCUGACCACGGCCUACAAGCACUCGGGACGGACCCUGGCCGCCGCCUCCUCCGCCGCCGCCGCCCCUGCCCCAGACGAUGACCGCGAGGCCGCUCGGGAGCAGAGCACCAGCCGCGAGACAACGCCCAAUUACCCCCCCGCGCACCAGACCCAGAGCGGCCGAGGAUCCUCCGGGAGCCAUGGCAGAUGGUAUGGAGGGAGAGCGGCCUGA